ACUAUGAGCCACUGCUACUACAACAGUAGCAUCACCUUCUUCUACAACAACAGUGGCAAGAAGCUCAGCGACCAGUGGCUGCCCAAGGAUGUGGUUAUAGUGACUCUGGGCCUGGUGGUGAGCGUGCUGGUGCUUCUGACCAACCUGCUAGUCAUCGCAGCCAUUGCAUCCAACCGCCGUUUCCACCAGCCCAUUUACUACCUGCUGGGCAACCUGGCUGCUGCCGACCUCUUUGCUGGCGUGGCUUACUUCUACCUCAUGUUUCACACCGGCCCUCGAACCUCCAGCCUGUCUCUGGAGAAGUGGUUCAUUCGUCAGGGCCUGCUGGACUCGAGCCUGACGGCGUCGGUGGCCACAAUGUUGGCCAUUGCCCUGGAGCGUUACCGCAGCGUGAUGGCUGUGCAGUUGCACAACCGCCUGCCCCGUGGCCGCAUCUUCAUGCUCAUUGUAGGCGUGUGGGUGGCAGCCGUGGUCCUGGGGGUGCUUCCUGCCUACUCCUGGAACUGCCUCUGUGCCCUGGACCGCUGCUCUCGCAUGGCGCCCUUGCUCAGCCGCUCCUAUCUGACCGCCUGGGCCCUGUCCAGCCUGCUGGUCUUCCUACUCAUGGUGGCUGUCUACAUCCGCAUUUACUUCUAUGUGCGGCGGCGGGUGCAGCGCAUGGCGGAGCAUGUCAGCUGCCACUCUCACUACCACGAGACCACACUCAGCCUGGUCAAGACAGUCGCCAUUAUUCUGGGGACGUUUGUGGUCUGCUGGACGCCAGCCCAGGUGGUGCUGCUCUUGGAUGGUCUGAACUGCAAGUCCUGUAAUGUCUUCGCUGUAGAGAAAUAUUUCCUGCUCUUGGCUGAGUCCAACUCUCUGGUCAACGCCGUGGUGUACUCGUGCCGUGAUGCCGAGAUGCGCCGCACCUUCCGCCAGCUUCUGUGUUGUCUGUGGCUCCGCCGGCCCACCCAUGAUUCUAACCGCUACAAACCCUCCAUCCAGGCAGGGGCCAGCACGCGCAUCAUGCUUCCUGAGAAUGGCCAUCCCCUGAUGGAUUCUACCCUCUAG